AUGGACCAGGCCAAUAAGUUGCAAUACCAACAAUCGGUUGAGAAGUACCUUGAAAGAAACAAAGUUUAUCACAUCUUCGAAGAUCUACUUAAAUCCUUGAUCAUCAAAAAACCUGAAGAUCCCAUCUAAUUUCUCAUCAAUAAACUAUAAGAACCAGAAACCAAAAAAAUCUUUGUGGUUGGUCCUCCUGGAUCCAAAUUGAGAGAAUUAUCACUUACAUUGGCAGAUUAUUUGAAUUUUCAUAUUGUUUCUAUUGGAGAUCUGAUUGAAAAGGAGCUAAGCAAAAAGUCCGAAUUAAGUCAAUAAAUCUAAGAAUCUUUGGACAAAUUCUAAUAUGUGAGUGAUGACAUUGUGAUCAAUAUAGCACUUAACCAAAUCAACCAUUUGGAAAAUGAAAAGAAAAGUUACAUUUUCGAAGGGUUCCCCAAAACCAGAGUCCAAGGUUUAGCACUUCAAAAAGAGGGUAUAAUACCUGAUGCAUUUCUUAUUUUGGAAAUGUCAUAAGAAAAGGUUUAUCAAUGCUGUCUCAAGAAAUUAGACACAGAACCAUUCAAUAAACUAAACAAUAAAGAGGAUUUGGUUAAAUCACAUUCUUUGGAAUACUAAUUGAAUUUGAAAUAAGUCAAAGAAAUUUACAAAAAUUAGUAUUUUUCAGUCGAUGGAGAAAAAAACUAUGAAUUAGAGGAUAUGGCAUAAUUAUUGAAGUACAAACUCUAUGAUAAUGCUCCAAAGAGAGCUCUUAGAAUAGUUGUCAUUGGACCUCCUGGAUCUGGGAGAUCUACAUUAGCUAAGAAAUUGUCAGGCAAAUAUGGAUUUGUAUAUGUAUCAACAAGGGAAUUGAUUUCAAAUUUGGUAAAUUAGAAAGGAACAACAGGAAAAGAGGCAUUUGAGAAAGUAAACAAAGGAGAUCUUGUAGAAGAUAGAAUUGUCAAUGCUCUAAUUAAAGAGAGAAUCAAUUAGACCGAUUGUUAAUUGCAAGGUUAUGUUCUAGAUGGUUAUCCUAAAACUGAGAAACAAUUAGAAUCUUUGAAUGAAAUGAAUAUUCAACCAACUUUGAUGGUUAUAAUUGAUGUAGCUGACGACAUCAUUACAAGAAGACUUGUUUAAAGGAGAACUGAUCCAUUGACUGGAAUAAUUUACAAUUCAAUUGAUGAGGCUGGCAAGGAAGUGAGACCCAGAUUGAUCAUAGCUCCAAAUGAAAAAAGAGAAGUUGUGCAAACGAGAUUGAAGAGAUGGGAUGAUUUAAAAUAACUGAUAGAUGGAACUCCAAAAUAUGCUUCAAUCAUUUACAAAGUCUCAGGAGAGAAUCCUGUAGAUAAUAUGAUAGAAUCAGUAUGUUAUCAUUUGGAGAAAAUGAAUUGAUUUAUUAUUAAAAAUAAAUAUAGAUAUUUUAUC